AUGAAUGGAAGGACGGCAAUGGACAGACGGAUGGAUGAACAAGUUCACGGUGGCUGGGGUACCUGGGGAGAGGAGACGUUUGGGUCUUGUUCAGCGACCUGUGGAUUUGGAACACAGACGAUCACCAGAACGAGGUUAUGUAACAACCCGGCACCAUCUAAUGGCGGAAAUGACUGCCCCGAUAACAACAACGAAGUGAAGAGAGGAAGGUGUAAAAUAAGAGAAUGUGCAGUUAACGGUGGCUGGGGUGCGUGGGGAGGAAAACAGUUUGGACUGUGUUCAGUGACCUGUGGAACUGGAAUAUGGACAGUUACCAGAACGAGACUGUGUAACAACCCCAUGCCUGCGAAUGGUGGAAACACCUGUAGUGGAAAGAGAAAAGAAAAAAAGCAAGACGUGUGCAAAUUAAAAGAAUGUCCAGUUUCAGACUUCGUGACGCCUCUUAAAAGUAAGAUCUUCAUUCUUGGAGGUGACAUUGUCCUGGAGGCGGUCUACAGCAUAGAAAACAAGAGUGCCACGUGGUUUUACAAUGGCAAGAAAAUCAAUCAUGGCGGACGUUACGUCAUCAGUAUUGAUGGCACACGUCAUCGCCUCGUUGUGAGGGGAGCUAGCUUAACAGAUGCUGGGAUUUACGGCCUGCAAAUUGAGGAAGACAAAUCCAGCGCAGUCGUAUCAUUUAAAGUUAAUGGCGCCUGGGGUUCGUGGGGAAGUGAACAAAUUGGCUUCUGCUCCGUGACCUGUGGACCCGGAUCACAAACAGUAACGAGGUUGAGGCAGUGUGACAACCCAGAGCCGGACAAUGGCGGAGAAGAGUGUGAAGGCAAAGACAGGGAGGUGAAAAAAAGGCUCUGUCGACCCAGAGACUGUCCAGUUGAUGGCGUCUGGGGUGUGUGGGGUGAUGAGACGUUCGGACAAUGCUCAGCAACGUGUGGUCCUGGAACAAGAACGGUGACCAGAACGAGGCUGUGUAAUGCCCCAGCACCAUCCAAUGGCGGAAAAACCUGUCCUGGCCAAAAGAAAGAAGUGAAACUUGAAGUGUGCAACGUAAAGCCGUGUGGAGCCUUUUUGAUUCCUCUUACAAACCAGAGGGUCACUGCUGGAGACAACAUCGGCCUAGAAGCGAUGUAUAACACGGAAGAGGUGCAGGCCAGGUGGUUCUUCCAGGGGAAAAAACUCACCACUGGUGGCCGAUACUUGAUCUCAGCUGAUGGGAAAAACCACUCGCUUGUCGUAAAGAAAUCUGUUCCAGAAGACACAGGAGCUUACGCUCUUCGGAUCGGAAAAGACAUCACCAAUGCCUUCGUAACAGUUAUAGUUAAUGGCGCGUGGGGUGCCUGGGGAGGACAGACGCUCGGGGCGUGUUCAGUGACUUGUGGACCUGGGACUCGAACGUACACCAGGACGAGGCUGUGUAACAACCCGGCACCACGCAAUGGCGGGAAGAACUGCGAGGGUGAUGACAAGACAGAAAGACAGAUUACAUGUCAAUUAAAACAAUGUACAGUCCAUGGAUCGUGGGGCCCCUGGGGAAAAGAGAGUGUUGGUUUUUGCUCGGUGACUUGUGGAACCGGAAAACGGACUAUAACGAAAACCAGAUUAUGCAACAGACCAGCGUUAGCUGUCGGUGGAGACACUUGCCCUGGGAAUGACACUGAUGUUACUUUCGUUGAUUGUAAGCUGAGCAACUGUGCAGUUGAUGGAGUGUGGAGUGCAUGGACAGUUGAAAGCACCAGUACCUGUUCCAGGACUUGUGGAACAGGAACCUGGACCGUUACGAGAACGAGACGAUGCAACAACCCAGCACCAGCGAACGGUGGUAACGUGUGUAAUGGCCAGGCUAGAGAGACGAAGUUAGCAGUGUGCAAAAUAAAAGACUGUCCAGUUAAUGGAAUCUGGAGUCUUUGGGGCAACGAACAGUUUGGCAAAUGUUCUGUGACCUGUGGACUUGGAACGAGAACGGUCACCAGAACGCGGCUGUGUAACAACCCAGCACCAACUAAUAAUGGAGCCAACUGUCCAGGGAACGACAGAGAACAACGGCAGGUCACGUGCAGGAUAACCGAAUGUUUAGUGAGCGGCGCCUGGGGUCCGUGGGGGAAAGAGACUUUCGGAUCGUGUUCAGUGACCUGUGGAGAUGGAACAUGGACAGUAACCAGAACGAGGAUCUGCAACAGUCCAUCUGCUGUGAAUGGCGGAUCACGUUGUCCUGGCGAACACAGAAUAACAACAAAGGGAGCCUGCAAACUUAGAGAAUGCACGGUUGACGGUGGGUGGAGCACAUGGUCUGAAAAUCGUGGAACCUGUUCAGUGACCUGUGGCGGUGGGGUGCAGAGAGUGACCCGCAAACGAUUGUGUAAUAAACCGAAGCCAGAAAGUGGAGGCCGUGACUGUGUUGGACCCGGCAGUGAUGAACUAACUGUAGCUUGCAACACCAAGUCAUGCCCAGGCACCUGGGCGUCCUGGACUGUGAAGAGUACAUCUGACUGCAGCGUGUCCUGUGGACCGGGAAGCAGGACUCUGUAUAAAACGCGAACCUGUAUCAGCGGCAAGGUGGGACAAAAUGGAUGCAUAGGACCGACAGCUACAACGGAGACCAAAACGUGUAGCCUCGGCCCAUGUUAUGCCAACUGGGGACCAUGGACUGAAGAAAGUGCUUCUUCUUGCUCUGUUACAUGUGGAACUGGUUACAAGACUAUUAAAAAGACAAGGCAAUGUCGCAUGGAAGGUGCCGUACUCACUUGUCAAGGUUCGUCGACAUCAAUAGAAACCGUAUCCUGCAGUGCCGAGGUGUGUCCAGGGACAUGGGGUCCGUGGAACGUAAUAUCCACAAUGGCGUGUUCCGUGACAUGUGGACCAGGAACUAGAAAUGUUGUCAUGACCAGAUCCUGCAACGGAGGACAGAUAGGCCAGCCGGGAUGUCAAGGACGCUCACGUACGUCUGGAACACAGUACUGCAAUGAACGCAACUGCCAAGGUGCGUGGACUGCAUGGAUAGUCUAUUCAUCAACGUCUUGUUCCUCGUCUUGUGGGCCUGGGACAAAGACAGUGCACUUGACUCGCACGUGUACUGGAGGCACACUGGGACAGGCAGGUUGCACGGGCUCGGAUAGAAAAUCAGAAAUCAGAUCUUGCAAUGACGGGAUAUGCCGCGGGAGAUGGGGUAUCUGGCAGGAUGUGUCUACGACGCCUUGCUCGGUGACCUGUGGAGCUGGUCAAAUGACCGUGUACAUGAGCCGAUCCUGCAUUGGUGGAGUAGUAGGACAGUUUGGCUGUGAAGGAUCCGCCUCGAAGUCGGAAACAAGAACGUGCGCUAAAGGCGUCUGUAUUGGGGCGUGGGACGUGUGGGUGGAUGGUUCAUCGACACGCUGUUCAGCCACAUGUGGCCCUGGGAAACACACUGUGUAUAUGUCACGUAAAUGUAUCGGCGGAUCUCCCGGUGGACCUGGAUGUGCAGGUGCACAGUAUACACAACAGAUUAGAGACUGCGUUGUUGCUGAUUGUGCUGGUAAGUGGAGUGAAUGGCAACAGUCGUCUUCAACGUCUUGUUCAGUAACUUGUGGGCCAGGAUCCAGAACUGUUACUAUGACACGAACCUGCACUGGAGGUAGAGUUGGAGGGCUAGGUUGCACUGGUGCAUCAAGCAAGUCAGAAAUGAGAUUUUGUAAUGAAAAGAUUUGUCCUGGUAAAUGGAGUGCAUGGACAGAUUAUUCGUCAACGUCUUGUUCAGUAACUUGUGGGCCAGGAUCCAGAACUGUUACUAUGACACGAACCUGCACUGGAGGUAGAGUUGGAGGGCCAGGUUGCACUGGUGCAUCAAGCAAGUCAGAAAUGAGAUUUUGUAAUGAAAAGAUUUGUCCUGGUAAAUGGAGUGCAUGGACAGAUUAUUCGUCAACGUCUUGUUCAGUAACUUGUGGGCCAGGAUCCAGAACUGUUACUAUGACACGAACCUGCACUGGAGGUAGAGUUGGAGGGCCAGGUUGCACAGGUGCAUCAAGCAAGUCAGAAAUGAGAUUUUGUAAUGAAAAGAUUUGUCCUGGUAAAUGGAGUGCAUGGACAGAUUAUUCGUCAACGUCUUGUUCAGUAACUUGUGGGCCAGGAUCCAGAACUGUUACUAUGACACGAACCUGCACUGGAGGUAGAGUUGGAGGGCCAGGUUGCACUGGUGCAUCAAGCAAGUCAGAAAUGAGAUUGUGUAAUGAAAAGAUUUGUCCUGGUAAAUGGAGUGCAUGGACAGAUUAUUCGUCAACGUCUUGUUCAGUAACUUGUGGGCCAGGAUCCAGAACUGUCACCAUGACACGAACCUGCACUGGAGGUAGAGUUCGAGGGCCAGGUUGCACUGGUGCAUCAAGCAAGUCAGAAAUGAGAUUUUGUAAUGAAAAGGUUUGUCCUGGUAAAUGGAGUCUAUGGACAGAAUAUUCCUCAACUUCGUGUUCAGUGACUUGUGGUAAUGGAUUCAAAAAUGUUACGUUGAUACGAAAUUGUGUUGGAGGUAAUGCAGGAGGGCCAGGUUGCAUUGGUGAAACAACAAAAAUGCAAAUAAGAUCCUGUAAUGAAGGCAUUUGUUCUGGUAAGUGGGAUGAAUGGAGCGACUAUACGACAACUGGAUGCUCUGUAACUUGUGGACCGGGAUACAAAACAGUCACUUUAAGACGAAGCUGCAUCGGCGGUAGUAUUGGCGGGCCAGGUUGCACAGGAGCAUCAAGCAAAUCAGAAACGAGAUUUUGUAAUGAAAAUGUCUGUCCUGGUAAAUGGAGCGAAUGGGCCAUUUAUUUGUCAGGUUCCUGUUCUGUGACUUGUGGAGCUGGAACACGAAAUGUUACACGGAGAAGAACUUGCGUUGGGGGUAAUGUAGGUCAGCAAGGUUGCAUUGGUGACACAACGAAAAUAGAAAUGAAAUUCUGUAAUGAAAGUGUCUGCAGAGCAUCAUGGACUGAAUGGACACUUACUUCAACAACCGACUGUUCUGUAUCGUGUGGCCGUGGACGACGCACCAAAUAUUUUUCAAGAACCUGUAGCAAAGGCAUCGUUGGACAAGCUGGGUGUGAGGGCUCAUCAGGGAAGUCAAUAAUUGAGGCGUGUAAUGAACGUGACUGCGUUGGAGCAUGGGCUGCAUGGGCUAUCUCUUCAUCAACAGAUUGCUCAGUCACAUGCGGCAGUGGACAGAGAACUGUCUAUUUGUCACGUACAUGCGUUGGAGGAGUAGCUGGGCAAAAAGGUUGCGAAGGUUUGUCGCAGAGAUCUGAACUGUUGGUAUGCACGGAACCAAGAUGCCCUGGAAAAUGGACUGAGUGGGUAACAGAUUCCAGAACAGCCUGUUCAGCAUCAUGUGGCUCUGGGACUCGAACUGUUCAGCAAUCACGUACAUGCAUUGGAGGAACCGUUGGCGACGCUGGAUGUGAAGGUCUAUCUCGGAGGUCUGGGAUGCAGUCUUGCAAUGAUGGUCCUUGUCCUAGGAAGUGGAGCGAAUGGCAACUGACUGCUGCAGGAUCUUGUUCUAAGACAUGCGGUGACGGACAGAAAAUCGUUAAUUUUACACGGGCGUGUAUCCAAGGCGAACCAGGUCAACUAGGGUGUGAUGGCCAGACACAGAAAUCAGAAAUUCAGCUAUGCAACGAAGGCAACUGUGUCGGAACGUGGGGUGAAUGGAACAAAGGUAGUUCCUCGUCGUGUUCUGUGACCUGUGGUCCAGGGGAAAAGAAAAUAUCCAUGACACGAGUCUGCGUUCUGGCAAAUGAUGGCAUAACUGGGUGUGUCGGGUCACCGCGCAAGACGGUGAUUGUCCCCUGUAACGAAGCUACUUGCAGUGGAACGUGGAGCGAAUGGGGGAUGCUUUCAGCUUCAGAAUGCUCCGAGACGUGUGGCCCUGGAACCAAAACCGUCAACUUAUCAAGAACGUGCAACAGAAACAACGGCGAACAGCUCAUGUGUGAAGGUCAGUCAAGGAAAACAGAAACCCGAACAUGCAACGAUGGAGGCUGUCUGGGAGUGUGGAGUUCCUGGGGAAUGUAUUCAUCAUCGUCCUGCUCGGCGUCCUGUGGCCCUGGAACCAAGACUGUUUACCUGAACAGGAGAUGCAUCAGGACGAGGAACGACCAACUGAUGUGCGAAGGGCGUUCGCAGAAAACAGAGAGUCGUCUGUGUAAUGACGGUGGGUGUUCCGGAACCUGGAGUCCGUGGAAUGUAGACACAUCGACGUCUUGUUCCACGACGUGUGGUUCUGGAGUAAAGACUGUGGAGCUGUCGCGUAGGUGCAUCGGGGGAACGGCUGGACAAGGUAGCUGUCCAGGACCCGAAGCAAUGAAUGAAACGAGAAUAUGCGUCCUGGAAACAUGUGCAGGUUUGUGUACAACUGCUGACGUCAUCCAAGGCGUGGGCUAUCGGCCUCACCCCACCGACUGUGAGAAAUACAUGCAAUGUUACUACACGACCCAGAACAGCGUUAUCGCCGUGUAUCGAAACUGUCCGUUCGGCUACUACUGGGACCAGACGGCUUUACGAUGUGACUUGUCGUGCAGAGUGAACUGUUCCCAUGACAAAUGCGCAGAUAUGUGUCAUAACAACCACAACAUGGACGGCAGUUGCCGGGCGUACUGGGAGUGCAGAGACGGCCGAUCGGAAGCCAUGUGCUGUCCUGUUGGGUUUGCGUAUGUCCCAGGGAAAGGCUGCAAAAUGGAUCUCAGUUGCCGCGACCUCUGUCCGGAAGUGUGCACAACAAAGGAUACGUGUCGUAUGCGUCCAGUGUGGUCAAGCAGGAACUCGUUUGAGGUCAGCAUUGGCACGCUGGGCUGGGUGAAAUCUAACUGUCUCCGAAGUCAACUCCACUUUGAUGUGAUCGAGUGUGGGUGUGUGUCCAAGAGUACUGAAUCAUGUGCUCCAGAUUUUGAACUUAAGUUUGAUUACGGACGAAAGAUGGACAAACGUAGUGAAAUGGAAUCCAUAAAGAUUAGCAAUGAAGGAGUAGCAGUCUAUUCUGGAUCGAGUCGAAUUCGAAUGACUCUGAGUCCAGCAAAACAGUUCUGCACUCAGAUGGUGCUGCAGCUCAAAUACAGGGAAUCGGAACUUGUGCAAGAACCACAGAUUUUGGCCACUACAAACAACUGUCCGUGUGCCCAGGAGACCAACUUCACACUUACAGUGGACAGUGAUAAUGUUCUGUUCCGCCUGCAGUCGAGAUACGGAGUGACGGUUGACCUGCCUGUGUCACUGAGGGGAUUUAAUCAAACUGAUUGGAAGAUAGUCACGAUGAUAUAUGAUGGGAAGUCUUUGAUUGGAGUAACACGAUCUGGGAAUAUUGAGUACAACAACAGAGUGCACGAUUGUCCUAUACAGAUGUCGACCACCGUAUCUGUAACCAGCGUAUCGAUUGACAAUACGUCAUCUUCUAUUCGAAGCAAAAUGGACUAG